AUGGCCUCGCAGCACCCUCACAACCCCCUCCCCCCAACGCCGCAUACCAUGCCCGACAACCACGACGCCGACGACGGCACCACCAACCUCCCGCCCCCCUUACCCCCCAAGGACACACCCCCGCUCGCCUCCAUGGCCUCCCCCAACCCCUACGCCUCCUCCAGCCGCUGGCGCCACGCCGAAUCCUCCGCCUACGCGCGCUACGAGAAAGAGAACCGCCACCAGCAACACCACCACCACCACCCCGUCGCGCGCGACGCCGACUCGCGCGGCGCCGGUGUCUCCGACCUCGCCAACUUCCUCAACAACCCGCUGAGAGUAGCCGUCCCAUCACGCCGCGCUUCAAGCCGGUUGUUACCGGGGCGCAUGAGGGCGAGGGUUGCGGUUGCUAGUGCGGGUGGUGGUGCUGGUGCUGGUGUGGAUGAGGGGGAGGGUGCUGGUGGGCGCGAGGUGCAGGGCCCGCCGCCGGAUGGGAAGGAGGUUGUUUGUGGGCCGCUGUUGAAUUAUCGAAGGAUGGAGGGGGGCCGGUGGGUGGGCAGUGCGUUGGUGGUUACGGCGGGGGGUGGGAAGACGCAGCCGAUUGUGCCGACGGCAAAUUUGUGGAGGGCGGAUGGUGGUGGUGGGCGUGGUGAGAGGGGGGGAGUGGCUGUGGUGGAGGGGGUGUGUCUCAGCUCGGACUCGCGGAAUACUUUUUGGCGGUUUGAUUUGGUGGUUGAGAUGGAUGAUGUCGAGACCAAGUGGGAGUAUGAGCUGCCUGGUCUGCGCUUCGCUAGCAGCACUAAGCCGCGCGUGAACAACUUCUACGUGCCGGCCAUCCACGAGUCUAUGAGGAUCAUGUUCCACUCAUGCAACGGCUUCAGUGUCGGCACCGACGAGGCGGCCUGGAGUGGCCCGGCGCUGUGGAACGAUGUCCUGCGCAAACACGAGGAGAGACCCUUCCACGUCAUGAUUGGCGGCGGCGAUCAGAUCUACAACGACGGCAUCCGUGUCUCCGGCCCGCUCCACGACUGGUCCAACAUCAGCAACCCCAAGAAGCGGAAGGACCAUCCGUUCCCGGAGACCCUCCGUCAGCAGUGCGACGACUACUACCUGAAGAACUACAUCCGCUGGUACUCGACCGAGCCGUUUGCGAAUGCCAACGGCCAGAUUCCCCAGCUGAACAUCUGGGACGACCACGAUCACCACCUCCCGCCGCCUGCCUCCACCUACACCUCGGUCACGGUGUCCGAGGGGGGCCAAGGAGUCGACCCCAACCAGCUCAUGGAGUCCUACGUCCACCCUCCACUCUCAGAGCCCAACUACAUUUAUGGUCCCAAGGCCGGGCCGUACGUUGCGGAGCACUCCCACAAUAUGUUCACCCAACUAGGGGCUAGAAUCGCCUUUUUGGGUAUCGACGCCCGCACCGAGCGCACGAGGCAUCAAGUCAACUACCCCGAGACGUACGACGCCAUCUUCACCCGCCUGAAGCGGGAGCUCUCGGCUGCCGCAAGCUCUGGGCGACCGUUCAAGCAUAUGAUCCUCCUGUUGGGCAUUCCCAUCGCAUAUCCGCGUCUCACCUGGCUCGAGAACAUUUUUGCGAGCCCCGUCAUGGGCCCCAUCAAGUUCCUGAACCGCCGUAUGGGCAUCGGCGGCAGCUUCUUCAACAGCUUCGACGGCAGCGUGGACCUCCUGGACGACCUCGAUGACCACUACACGGCCCGCACCCACAAGAAGGAGCGCAACUGGCUGAUAGAGAAGCUUCAGGGCAUCUGCGCCGAGUUCUCCAUCCGCAUCACCAUCCUGGGCGGCGACGUUCACUUGGCCGCGCUGGGGCGCUUCUACUCCAACCCGCGCCUCAACAUCCCCGCCGAGCAGGACUACCGCUACAUCGUCAACGUUAUCUCCUCGGCCAUCGUCAACAAGCCCCCGCCGGCCGCCGUGGCCAACCUCCUCGCGCGCCGCAACAAGAUCCACCACCUCAACCACGACACCUCCGAAACCCUGCUCAAGCUCUUCGACAAGGACCCAGGCGACAGCCAAAAGACAGCCGCCCACAACCAAGUCACCAUGCCCUCGCGCAACUUCGCCAUGAUCACCGAGAACUCCCCCUACAACCCCGCCCCGCCCAACGGCAACACCAACGGCUCCCACCUAGCACCACCCGGAACCGCCACCUCCUCCACCUCCUCCUCCGCCAACCCCCACCACCACCCCAAACCCAAAGACGAGCGCCUGCCCCUCCACAGCGGCGAAGCCGGCUGCGGCACCACCCACAAAGCCGCGUCGGGGCCCGCCAGCCACGGCCGCAGCGCCGACGGCGGCCUGGACGUGUGCAUCUGUGUCGAGAAGGACCAGCAUGAUGCCACGGGCCAGACUCAGGGCUAUGGGUUGACCGUUCCGCUGCUGGAUUAUAAGGGCCCGCGGCCGCCGAGUCUGGAGUUAUUGCCGCCGAGGAGCGCGGGGAGGAGUGAAGUUGGGAGUCGGGGGAGUUAG